UUUACAUAAAAGCAGUGAAGGGAUGUUCCUUUGUCUACCUGAGGAACUGUAUAUUCAUAGUGACAGCUGCCCCAAACUACUAACAAAAAAAGUAUCACAAAUAUUUCAAUGUUCAAACAACAACUUCCUAGUUCAAAGUCUAAUUGAGGAGUAGACUAUACCCGGAGACUAUAUCGCUGCAAUGACAUUUUUCGAACAGAGAGAGAGAGAGAGAAAGAGAGACAGACAGAGGAAUCCAAGGAAAACAAAACGUCAGACAAAUAUAAAAAGUUUACUGUCUUUAAACAAAAAUACUCUCCUACAAAAUAUUUAUAAACUCUUUGUUUUGGUCUGCUCAUUAAUCUUUUGAAACUAACUGAAUUUUUGUAUUCAAUGUGUAGCCUGUCUCAUUAUGUUGCCUUAGGAAGGUCAUACAUAGCACCAAUAAUACACAUAUUGGCGUAUGUUUGUUGCAAAAUGUAUAUAUUCUCUGCCAAUGACACGUUCCAAACUUGUAUUUAAUAAUUCGCUGACAUAAUCAUGUCUAUAAAUAAAUGUCAGAAACACUUUUGAGACAUAGCAAUACACAUUUAUACUUUCAAUCAUUUCGUUCAAAGUGCAAUAAUGAAGAGUAGACUGUUCCUGACAGUAAAAUUGACACAAAUUAGAGAGAGUGAGUGAGAGAGAGAGGGAGAGAAAGAGAGGGAGUGAGAGAAAGGGAAUAAGAAAUCCUCAUUCGAACAUAAGAAUGUUUUAUAUAUAACGUUUAAAAAAUAAAAUGCGAACACAUAUGUAUGAAAACAAAUUGCAACCUUCAUGUUGCUAUCUUAAUGUCUGUGCGUUACUAGCAGUCGGAAAGGAAAUAAGAAUACAUGGUCUCUUCUAAUGAAUGAAUUUGCUCGGUCCAUAGUCCGUCUCGCAAUCAUGCACAAUUGUCACCAAUAUCGGAAAACCAUUAUGUACGUCUCAAACAACAGUAUUGAAUAUUGUACCAUAUACUACCAACUAGAUAUUGCCAUCACUACAUUGAAUCAUGUCUAAUUACAUCGGAUUGAAUGUCGGUGGAAAGAUAUACCGGACAUCUCGUACUACAUUGACCAGUACGCCCGGGUCAUUCUUCAAUUUGAUCCUAAAUGGCGGCAUACCGUCUGCCCAGGAUGAGCAAGGAAACUAUCUCAUUGAUCGCGAUGGCGAUAUUUUCAGACAUAUUCUCAAUUAUUUGAGAAGCAACAUUCUUGUACUUCCAGACGGAUUCAAUGAGCUUCAACUCCUGGCGUGCGAAGCUGACUUUUUUCAGCUGGAUACACUGAAGGAAGAAGUCCUGAGAGUAGUUCAUCAGAUCAUCGGGCUGAAUGUUGGCGGGAAGAUCUACCAGACAACCAGAGAAACACUCUUGAGAGCCCCCCAGGGUUACCUGGCAGCCAUCGUAAGUGAAAAGGGUCUAAACAUGGCCAGAGACAAAGAUGGAAACUUUUUUAUAGAUCGAGACGGGAAGCUGUUUCGCUACAUCCUCAACUUUUUACGCGAAGGAGCUUUGAUUCUGCCUACAACAUGGAAUGAAUUCAAUUUCAAUCUCCUUAUGAACGAGGCAACCUUCUUCCGGAUUCCUGAAAUCGGUGAACACGUAAAGAGUAUGAACAAUUUCGAUGAGAACAGGAAGGCGGCCGUUUGUUGA